AUGGAUAAAAAGAAGCUUGAUUUUUACUUCACUCUCCUCGAAUCUAGCAUCUUGUGUUACCAGCACUCUAUAACUGGACUAAUACCAUCUUCUCCAAGGAGCUCACAUGCGUGGGUCAGGGACAACACGUACGCUUCAUUAUCUAUCUGGGGCCUUUCUUUGGUGUAUAGGAAAUUACCAGAUGUUGAUGAGGAUCGUUGUCGAAGUUAUGAGUUGGAAAAGUGUGUAGUGAAGUUAAUGCGUGGAAUACUCAUCUGCUAUAUGAAGCAGUCAGACAAAGUAGAACUACUGAAGAAGACUCAAAAUCCCAUUCAUUCUUUGCAUGCAAAGUUUGACAGUACUUCAUAUAAGACUGUUGUCGGUGAUCUUGAAUGGGGUCAUUUGCAAAUUGACGCAAUAUCUGUCUUUCUUCUCAUUCUCGCUCAAAUGACAGCUGCCGGUUUGCGCAUAAUUUGGACCCUUGAAGAAGUAGCUUUUAUUCAGAAUCUAGUUUUCUGCAUUGAACAUGCCUAUCGCAUUCCCGAUUACGGGAUUUGGGAACGUGGAGAUAAAACCAAUCAUGGGCUCCCAGAACUUAACACAACAUCUGUUGGGAUGGCUAAAGCAGCUUUGGAGGCUCUUACAGACUUAGAUUUGUUUGGUGCGGAUGGGAGCUAUCUGUCAACAAUUCGCGUUUCUCUUGAUGAAUGUGAACAGUGUAAUAUAGCUGUUAAAAGUAUGCUUCCUCGCGAGUCAAACUCCAAAGAGACUGAUGCUGGAUUAUUAAGUAUACUAACAUAUCCUGGAUUUUCUGUCACAGACGAUGAAUUAAUUGAAAGUACACGUAGCUCAAUCAUUCGAAAGCUUUUGGGGAGAUAUGGUUGUCGACGAUUUUUGCGUGAUGGAUUUCGUACUGCCAGAGAAGAUGUGAAUCGUCUGUAUUACGAGCCUUGGGAGUUACGUAUGUUUGACGGUAUUGAAUGUGAAUGGCCAAUGUUUUUUGCAUGGCUUGUGAUUGAUGCAACUUUUCGCGAAGAUUUUGACGAUGCAGAUCGAUAUAUGCAAAUGCUUCAAGAAGUUGUUAUCCCAGAGUCAUCUUCUUCGUUUGCACCUUCAAACAGUAGUAGAAAUGCAAGUCGUAGACCAAGUGAAGUAUUAACACAAAUUCCUAGUAGGACAUGUUGUUAUGUACCGGAAUCCUAUUCAUUACCUACAGAAGCAAUCGAUGCAGAAAUUGCUCAUCCACAUACACAAACACGUGUUCCAGUUGGUGCAUUACCACAUAUAUGGGGUCAAUCAUUAUAUAUACUGGCAAGUAUUAUCUAUGAAGGUCUUCUAUUGCCUGGAGAAAUAGAUCCUCUUGGAAGGCGUAUGGUUACUGAACCGAAACCAGAUUUAUCAGUGCAGGUUGUACUUGUAGCAGAAGAUAACGAGAUUAAGCAGCAAUUAAUGGAAUAUCAAGUUGAAGUACAAACAUUCGAAGAAAUUUAUAAUGAAGCCGGAAUAAAUAUUUAUCCAGCUAAAAUUCUCGGUCAACUUUAUCGACAUUUAGGUGCUUGUGAAAAGCUUUCUCUAAGUGGUCGUUCCACUGGUGAAGUAGGAAUAUUUUCAACAAGUCAAUUUUAUCGACUAGGUGAUGAAACAUUGGCUUUUCUUCCUCAGUUCUUUGAUCAUCAUGCGUUUUAUUUGAAUUUGGAUAUAGAAUUUCUAUUGGAUUGUUUUCGAACCUGUAUAGGUUAUUUAAAACAUGCAUGGACUAGUCCUGGACGUCCUUUACUUUUAUUCCCGAUAUAUCGUCGAUACUUUCGUUCAGAUCGUUGCGUUAUCCCAACACCAUUAUCUUCAGCAAUUAAAAAGAUAGCUUCAGGUUAUAUGAAUGCAACACGUGUCAUACUUGGUACUCUUAGAGAUUUUGAAGAAACAUCAUGUUUACGUCAAAUCGAUUUGAGUGAAUCCACUCAGGCUGUACUUCAACGCGCCAAAUCAUUAUUUAAAUGUACUUCAUCACAACGUCGAAUGACUUUGAAUGUACGUACUGAUAGUUUAACUGCAGAUGAAAAUCUUUUCACAACUAGUUCUGGUGAUUCUGUGUAUACUGGUGGUGGAAUAUCACCAGCUGUUUCUGAGCUAGACAGUUUUGAAAGGCAUACAAUGCGCAGGAAAUCAAUGGCUUUAGCUCAUGCUGUCUCACUGGAUUUGUUUAAUCGUAAUACAGUCGAAUGGACAAGUGAUUAUCAAGCAGAGAAUAAUGGUAGUAGUUGGCAAGUUGAAACGGACGAUCAAACAGAUGGUCAAAUAGAUGAUGUUGGUAAAAAUUAUCGUUUACUUCAAACACAAAAUGAAGAUUUAACAUCUAAAGCAUCACGUUUAGCAUUGAAACGUAUUAUCAAUCCAGAAAGUAACAUUUCAUCUACACCAUCGUGUCAACAUAAACAAGUUGAUUCGAAUAUUAAUGACCAAACUGCCGAUUCAAAUACUUGUGGAAGUCAACAACUGCAACGUUCUCCAUCUCAUUUAGUUAGUUCAGAUCAACUUACUCCGACUAAUAGUCCAAAUUAUUCAGGUACACAUAGUCGUCGUACAUCUGACGGUAGAUCAAGUACAUGUGGAAUAGAUUCUGCCGAUUGGUUGAAUUCAUUAUCACCGGAUCAAUUAGUCAAACGAUUAAGAUGCACUGAUAAUUUAGCUGAACAAGUUGAAAUACUUGGAAGAUUGCAUCAAUUACGUGGUUUAGACUGGAAUACUGGAAUAGAUCCAACACAACCAGCUACUGUUCGUUCAUUACUAAAAGAGGUCUAUGAACGAGCUACACAGACAACAUCAUGGUUCUUAUUGCGUUAUACAGCUGGUCUUUUAGGUAAACGUGCUGAUGGUUUAGCUAAAUCAUUAGCUGAUAUAUUAGUUUUACAAAAACAAGUAACUGUUGGUCUACCACCGGAACCACGUGAAAAAGUUAUUGAUGCACCUUUAUCACCGGAUCAGUUAUACGAUUUAAUACAAGAGGCAUGUGGUGAAGACAGUUUAAUGACAAUACUUACACAAGAAAUUCUGAUUUAUUUAUCAAUGUUUGCACGUACUCAACCUCAAAAAAUGGAAAAUAUUUUACGCUUACGUAUUGGGCUAAUAAUCCAAAUGAUGGCUGCUGAAUUAGCUCGUGGUUUAAAUUUAACUGUUGAGGAUUCAUUGUAUGCUUUAUUUUCAAUGCGCCCAAUCGAUACAAAACGUUUGCUACAUAAUCUACUCAAUGGUGAAGAUAUGCGUAUUGUUAAAUCAAGUCAAACUUUCCAUCGUAAAUCUACAGUGCAACCAAUUAAAUCUUUGAAUACAACUCUGACAAAUCAAGAUAACUUACAAGCAACGUUGGAUACUAUUUCUGGUUCUGUAAAGAAAAGAUCUACUUCAAGUCGUCCAUUAAUUGCAUCACGUAAACAAUCUAUAGUUGCUAGUGUUAUAAUUGAGGCAGAAAACGAAACUUUUCAAACUGAUUCACGAAGUCUUUGGAGUCGUCGACGUAAAAUUGAUGGUGCAUUGAAUCGUGUCCCACCUGGUUUCUAUAAACGUGUUUACAUUACAUUAACUCAUGUUCAAGGUUUAAGCAUUGGUAAUUUAACACUUAGUCAUAAUUUAACAAAAGAAAUGACAAUGGAUGAACAUAAAUUUGCUUUAACUGUUGAACAUGUAUGCACAAUGGUUAGUACACCAGAAUAUCGUCAACUGAUUAUUGAAGCAAUUCAUGUACUUGGUUCAUUAAUGAUGCAUGAUGUUGACAGUCGAAUAUUUAUUGAUUGUAUCGUAAAAGUUGAAGAUAUUUUAGAAAAAGCAAAUAAUUUAUUUUUAAUUGAUCAAGUAAAAUUUGGUGGAAACGCUACAUUGUGUUGUGCGAAAUCAACGAAACAAUUUGGAAUAAGCGAAUCAACGCCAAGUAAUAAUAAUAACCAAGCAAUACGUAGACAAAGCACCUUAACAUGCUACGGAUUACAUAAUAUCUGUCAACGUUUCUACGACACACCACCUGCAGGAAAAUUUGGCACAAUGUCUUAUAUGGUACGUGCCGUAUCCGAAUUACUAACAUGUAAUAAGUGUUUAAAUCCAGCCAAGCCUUUACCAAUCAAUUGUAAUGUUCAGUAA